UUCUCGCGCAAACGCUCCGCGGCUCGCGAGUUUCCCACUGGACUGUGGACCGCUAUCUUCACUUUCUUUAACAUGGACACGUAAAAUCCAACCCGCAGCCAUCGCUGACACACAGUAAAUAUACACCAUCCAUUUUUGCAUCAUUGCACACUCCCGGAAUAUCUCCCGGAGGCUGUCAUUGCACGUUCGCUCCGGUUCUCUCGAGAGAGAUAACCUGCAGCACCUCACAACUAAAGAUGGCUGUUCUUUAAUAUUAGGAAUACUGAAAACUUUUUUGUUUUUUUAACACUAAGAAAUUAUGUUGGAACCAUAUAGUCCAGAUUUGCUAUGGCUUGUUAUUGUUGGUUUUCUCAUUGCUUUUGUUUUAGCUUUUGGAAUCGGAGCAAACGAUGUAGCAAACUCUUUUGGAACGAGCGUUGGAUCUAAAGUAUUGACAAUAUUUCAGGCAUGCAUUUUGGCUACGAUUUUUGAAAUUUCCGGAGCAAUUUUGAUUGGCUACAAAGUAUCAGACACGAUGAGAAAAGGCAUCCUAGAUGUAGGCGUGUACAAAGACGCUGAAGUAGAAUUGAUGUUAGGCUCGAUCAGCGCCUUGACUGCCAGCGCAGCUUGGCUCAUGGUGGCCACAUUCUUCAAGUUGCCCAUAUCCGGAACACAUAGUAUAGUUGGCGCCACUGUUGGGUACAGCUUGGUGGUGCGCGGAACGCAAGGGGUACAUUGGAAGACAUUGGCGAAAAUUGUUGGUUCCUGGUUCAUUUCACCUGUACUAAGUGGCAUUACUUCCAUCAGCAUUCUGUACAUUAUCAAGAAAUGCAUUCUUCAGAAGCCCAACCCAUUGGAGGCCGGUCUGAUGUCCCUACCUCUUUUCUAUAGUUUCACCAUCCUGAUAAACGUCUUCUCCGUGGUCCAUGAUGGCCCCAAACUUCUCCAUAUGGAUAACAUCCCAUUAUGGAUGGCGGCUUCCAUCAGCUUGGGCAUCGCUUUGUUCUUUAUGGUGAUUAUUUGGUUAUUCAUGGUACCAUGGCAACGGAAAAAGAUUAGGGAGGAAUUCGGUGGAGGAGUAGACGAGACAUUGCCUGUCAAUUUUAACAUCGGAGAGUCCUCAGAUACAUCUCCAGAGGUCAGCCCAAAAAGGCACAGUCGCAAUUCUGCUUUACUGGAACGUCAAUUAACUGUUAUAUCGGAGAGUACUGAACUGCAAAAUCUCGACCAGGUCAAGAUCACGGCUGCUAAGUACAUUUUUCCGGUUCAGACAAGCGAUAAGCAUCACAGUCAUACGAAAGUAGACCAUCAAGACGCGGAGUCGGGUCAGCGUUACAUCCGUCCGACAGAUUUGAAAUUAGUGGAGAGCUCAACUAACGUUAACCCUACGUUGUCGCCUUCCUCUAGCGGGGUGCCGCUCAUCACUAAUAAGAGCUUCGCCAACAGUACCGAUCAGGGUCCAAGCUCCGGUAGAACAAAUGCUCAAGAAAAUCAUGAAAUUAUCGCUGAGAAUAGAAGCGUUUCGAGACUUUUCAGUUUUUUACAGGCGUUAACUGCAAUGUUCGGCAGUUUUGCUCAUGGUGGAAAUGAUGUAAGUAAUGCCAUCGGUCCUCUGAUAACAUUAUGGUUGAUAUAUUCAGAAGGCACUGUACAACAGAAGGCAGAAACUCCGCUGUUCAUUUUACUUUAUGGUGGUCUAGGAAUAUCCGUCGGCCUGUGGCUGUGGGGUAGGAGAGUAAUAGAAACUAUUGGAGAAGACUUAACUACUAUUACACCUUCCACUGGUUUUACCAUAGAAGUCGGUGCUGCAUUUACAGUAUUAUUGGCAAGCAAAGUUGGGAUACCAAUUUCUACAACACAUUGCAAGGUUGGAUCCGUUGUUUUUGUUGGAUACUUCAGUUCGUCAAGAAAAGGAGUCGACUGGAGUCUUUUUAGAAAUAUAAUAUCGGCUUGGUUGAUCACCGUUCCCAUCGCAGCGUUGCUAUCAGCAGCCACCAUGUUACUGUUAAGUUAUCUAGUUCUAACAAAGUUCCAUUAGAGCUGUCAAUGGUGUUUUAGAGAUAGACUAUAUAGAUUCCAUCUUAGGGAGACAUGUUCGCAAGCUCGAGCUAUGUAUAUCCAAACUUCUCAAUUUUUUUUCGGUUGUUCUUUUUCGUUAUAGGAAAUACGUCUUUAGGUAUUGUAAAUUGAAACUUGUGGAAUGUUGAUAGUGCAGCUCCUGAUUGCGGACGCAUCUCGAUUUAGGGAGCUAUCGAGACUUUAUGCGGUCAACAGUUGAAUUUGUUGAAUAUUUUAUUAAUAUGAAUUACAUAACUUAAACGUUCUACAAAGCAUCUUCUCAGAAAAAGGUUUAACUGGUACCAGCAAAGCAGAAAUCUGUGCACAAGAAAAUUAGCUGGAAGAACCUUUAAAGUUCAAAAAUGGAAAAAUUAAAUCGGCAAGUGGCAAGGAAAAGCUUUCUAAAUUCUAUGGAUUAGUCAAUUAUUAUAAUACUGUGCUGACUUUGCAUUGGAAUCUCAAAAAAAGUGAUAGAUUGAAAACAGACAUACAAAUGAUUUGUUGGAAAUAUGUGAGACCUAAAUAUGUAUAAUAAAUGAACUGAUAUAAAAUAGUAAGUGGUGAAACCAAAAUACGUUUGUGUUCAACGAAGUUUGAGUUAGCUCAAGUUCAUUUCACUCAAGUCAAUACUACACACAAAAUAUGAAUCAAAUAAUUUCUAAUUAACAAGUACGAACUGAAAAAUGCCACUUUGUAAUAAUUGAUGAGACGCACCUUUCCAAACAUAAUUACCGAUCAAAGAAAUUACAUUGAUUAUCAUUACUUAGAGGUACUUAUCAAACAAACCAAUUUAUUCAAUAACUAUCUGUGAUAUAAUGAACGAAUGCACGUCGUAACAUUUUUAUCUAAAUACAAAUUUGGACAUGUGAUAAAAAGCUAUAUAAUUAUAGCUAUUUAACUACUAUAUAUAUAUACAAUUGAUUGUUAAUUGGGCAAUGGGCAAACUUUUUAGGCUUUAGUUAACUCUUUUAACGGUAAUCUCUAGCUUUCGGCAAUUCUCCAUGGAGCCUUCAUCAGGAGCUGAAAAUUAUGAUGCUAGCAACGAUUACGGGACAGAUUUAAAUUGUCAAACAACUUACUCGUCGUUAAGGUUGCAGCCAAAUGGUGUUUCAAAACGAACGCGGGGAUGAGAGCACUUGUUACAAAUAUAAAACCAACCGAACGGACACAUUGGGCUUAUUGAUAACGACGGAUACCAUCGUUAGGCGUUAACACACCCGAAAAUAUUAUUUUUUAUUAAAUUAAUGAGAAGCAAUUUUGGGUACAAAACUAGAAUGUCCUUUCUAACCUCUUCUGUUUUCAGCUCCUGAUGAAGCCUCCAUAGAGAAUUGCCGAAAGCUAGAGAUUAUCGUUAAAAGAGUUAUCUAAAGCCUAAAAAGUUUGCCAAUUUCCCAAUUAACAAUUAAUUGUAUUUUUUUGCCCAACUGUUCGUUGGCAAUGGCAAUGACUACUGCUCAUUUAUAUAUAUAUAUAUAUAUAGGUGAAAAAUUAAAGCUUCCGCCUUUUGUUGGGUACUUUACUAUAUAUAUAACUUGAGACGUGGUCAUUGUCGUCUAGACCAGUUAGGUGAAAAGUUAAAGCUUCCGCUUUUUGUUGGGUACUUCGACAAAAUUUAAGCAAAGAGGACUUUAUACUUUAUUAAUCUCUCUAGCUUUUAAUGGUCUUUGCCAUCAUCAUCAGGAGAGUAGUAUGUGAGGAUGUUGCUAAAUGUUAUUUACAUUUAGGUCGAGGGAAACACCCAGUAACCUGGUGAACGCUGGAUACAUGGUACAAUCGUCAACAUUAAUACAAACUACACACAGCUGUAUGUCAAGAAUAAAUUGAAACGGAUUAAAAAUAUUUAAAACGAAAGUUAAAAACUACAUCGUGAACCACCUGAUGAUUGCACAA